AUGCCAUUCCCUAAGAUUUCUAUUGUUUUCUGUGUGAAGUGUAAAUGGAACUUACGAAGCGCAUGGUACUUACAAGAGUUGUUACAAACAUUUGGAUCAGAACUUAAAGAAGUGUCUCUGGUGAUAGGUAACCCAGGUGAUUUUAAAGUUCUUGGAUACAGAGAUGAAGGGUCUGAACCGAUCCUAAUUUGGGAUCGGGUAGAAAAUGGGGGAUUUCCAGAUAGCAAAUAUUUGAAGCAACGCGUUAAAAGAUUACUCUUCAAUGACUCUGUGACUGUUGGUGCUCACAUAGACUCGAAAAACUCUCAAGGUUCGGAAGCAUUGGUUUCUGGCCCUUCACGAGAAAACAACGCUAGCGUGUGUGCUCCUGAAGACUCAUUGUCGUCUGUUUGUACAGACUGUCAGUGA